AUGUGGGCGCCGCCGGUACGGGGGGCGGCGGGGCUGGGCUGCGCGGUGAGCGCGUCCGACGCGGCGGGCGGGGGCGCGCGGAGCUGCAGCGGCGUUGUGCUGAGCCGCCGCCUGGGCCUCGUGCUCUGCCAUGGCGUCGUCUUCGCGCCUCUACUGGCGGCGGGCGCGGGGCGGCGGGCGCGGGGCUGGGCCUGGCCCCGGGGCGGCGCCCUGCUGCCGCGCAGCCUUCCCCCCGGCGCCCGCCUGCGCGUGCUGCGCCCGGGCCCGGGGCCGGCGCUGGAGGCGCGGCUGCUGCUGCUCGCGUGUUGCGCCGCCUUCCGCGACGCGCUGGCCGCCGCCCUGGGCCCGGCCGAGCCCUGGCGCUUCCCGGCUGGCGACGAGGAGGAGCCGGAGGCCGAAGGCGAGGCCGCGCUGCGCCGCCUGCCCUGGUUCGCGCUGCUGGCCGUGCCGGGCCUGGGCGAGGGGCCGGGGCUGGCGCGGCUGGGGGCGGCCGCGGGGCUGAGGCUGGGCCAGGUGCUUUGGGUCUGCGGGUCCCCGUUCGGCGCCCUCUGCCCGGACAUCUUCCUCAACACGCUGAGCUGUGGCGUGGUGAGCAACCUGGCUGGGCCCAGCAACGCCUUGGUCCUCACUGAUGCCCGCUGCCUGCCCGGCACUGAGGGCGCAGGCGUCUUUGCCACCUGCCCCGACGGGCCGCGUCUGGUGGGCGUCGUGGCAGCGCCACUGUGCUGCAAGGCCGGCCAGUGGGUGGGGCUGACGCUGGUGUGCUCCCUCGCCCACAUCCUGGACAGCCUCAGGGGCACCUUGGAGGGCCUGGCCGACUCGCAGCUGGCCUGCUGGCCACAGUUGGUUGUGGAGCCCCUGGGGAAGGCGCCGGAGCCGGGACGGCAGCUCCUGCCCCCCACGGUGCUGGUGGAGUGUGGCACCGUCUGGGGCUCGGGUGUCGCAGUGAAGCCGAGGCUGGUGCUGACCUGCCGACACGUGGUGAGCCAGGACUCGGCCGUCUGCGUGAGGGUGCGGCCCAGCCCCGAAACGAGCUCUGUCAUUAAUGGGAGAGUGGUGUUUGCUACACAAGAUGAUUCUCCCUUUGACAUAGCAGUAGUGGAACUACAGGAAAGCUUACUCUCUUUUGCAGAGCCAGUUUUAGCUUCCAAGUUUUGUGAAGGAGAAGAAGUAAGUGUUGUUGGCUUUGGUGUCUUCGGCCAGGCUUGUGGCCCUUCAGUGACAUCGGGAAUCUUGUCAGCUGUGAUCACUGUGGCUAACAAGCCUGUGAUGCUUCAGACAACCUGUGCAGUUCAUGGUGGCUCAAGUGGGGGUCCCCUUUUUUCUACCCACAGUGGAGAACUUCUUGGGAUUGUUGCCAGCAACACAAAGGACAACAGCAUCGGAGCUAUAUAUCCCCACCUGAAUUUCAGCAUCCCCAUCACUAUCCUGCAACCAAUGGUCUCUGAGUACAGCCACACUGGAAACUUGAGUGGCUUCCAGGAGCUAAACAGGGCCUGUGAAAGCAUCAAAGUAGUGUGGCGGCUCCAAAGGAAACCCACAGGUGUGCUACAUAGCAAGCUCUGAGGCUGGACAUCCUAGAGAGAAAAAAGGUAGAGCUCCUGUGAGCAGGGUAGCUGAGGGUGUGGGAAUUUAUGUUUUUAUUUCUAAUUAAUCAUAAAUUUUCCCAAAUAUGCCAAAAGUCAUGGUGUCUUUGGGGCUGACCAGCUGGCUUGAAAGUAGUGAUGAGAACCCACUGAAUGCGGACCAAAGCAAAAGAUAAUUGCCAGCUGCUACAAUGAACAGAAGCACUGAAAUCAUAAAGAUUUGCUGGAGUGAUUCCACAGAGUCCUGUGGGCUGCAAACUGUUGCAUUAACAGCAAUUUCCCUGGACACCACCAUGCUUUUGAUUCCUGGGAAUGUCCUCAGGAGCACAGUCUCCUUCAGCUUGCAGAUGCUGACUGGCUGUUCAUUAUCUGGAGUGCUGCUGAGACAGGAUAAACUAAUAUACAUGGGUAGCCAAUCACUGAAAGGACUCUACUACUUAGAAUAGCAGCAGGAGGGUGAUGAAUUGUUCAGGGUGCUGAUAGCUCGAGGAACAUAACUAAGCAGUGGGCCAAAACCAAUGAAAAGAAGGCAUUCAGGGGAAAUGUCCUAGGUUGGAAAGCCAUAAGAGAAUUGUCUGAGACCAAUAAAAUCCCACCUGGCUGAAGUCCUAACAUUGUAACAACUCUGCUCAGGUAGGAGGAUAGUCUAAUGGGACAUUUCCUUCAGAAAAGGUGACCAAGACAUACUGUGAGAGACUGCAUACUGAAGAGAUCCCUUGUGUCUGAGGUUUUGGCUAAGCCUGUGCCACUUAUCAUUUCAGUGGACUGCAAGUGAGUUAUUAGAGGUCUAUCCAGGUAUCCCAGCUUGAGCUUUGAUUGCAGACUGGAGAGCUUGAAGAGAUCUGUGAGGUUGAGUUAUUGCCCUGUACAAAAGGUUGAUAUCAGGUGUAAACGUGAACACAUAUUACUGCUGUCUUCCUUGCCUCCUUUGUUCCUUAGUCUCUAGCAAAAGAUUUUUACAGUCAGACAAGAAUUUUCAACCGCAGUUCCUGUCAUGAUUUCCUAAUAGUAAAAUUGGAUAUUGUGCUGGUGUUGGAGUGAUGAUGUACCUGUGAUGGUCUGGGAAAUAUGUGAGAGGUUAGGAUACUUUUUUGUGAAGAGGAGCAGUGUCUUACUGGGUUGGGAGAGGUUUUAGACAAGCUGUUGAGCCCAGUGGAAGAGCACUUCAUGGCCAAUAGUUUGUCUAAAAUCUCUCCCAACCAUGCACUUGGUCCAAUAAAAGAUAUCGCCAUUCAGAAACAUCCUUGCCUCUCAAGUUAUAAUGGCAUACCCACUUCAAGAAGAACUACAGCUACACAGUUUGUGGUGCUGGGCCUGUACCUGGGGAGCUGAAUGCAAUGGGAAGUAUUUGUAGCAGCAAAGAUGGAUCUUUCCUGGGGGAGAAUGCAGAAGAACACAGAUUUCACAAGGAGCAGGUGGGGCUCGCAGCACGCUGGCAAAAGGAACUGUUUUAAACAUGCUGUCAGAUGAAGCUGGUUGUGCUAUGCAAUGCAGAAGAAAAAGCCUGAUCCACAUCAAGUUUGUGCUGUAUAAUAUGCAGAAAAGGUUUACAUAAGUGCCCCACUUCCAAAUGCAGGAAAAAUACCCUGGGAGUUUCAUUUUGCUGUCCAAGAGGGCCUUGGUCAGGGAUCAAAUGCCUCUUAUGACCACUGGGUGCUGCUCUUGCUCUGGUGUUUUGGGCAGGAUGGCUAUGAGCAGCUUCUCCUGUUGCUUUUGCUGGCCAUGCAUCUUUUGUUUGUUUGUUUGGGUUUUCUUGGUCCCCCGGUGCUCAUAAGAUAUCCUGCCUCACAUUGAAACAGCUGCUUGAUCUCUGCUUGAUGGGAGGUCUCCUGCUUAAGCAUAAAAGACCCUAAGCUUGUCCAUUAGCAAUUUGGCAGCUUCUAACAGAUCAUCAAAUGGCUCUAUAGAGAGGAGUGGGGCAAAGCACUGAAGUGUACCAUUCGGAAGCACUGAAGUGGACCUAUUAUGGACCUUGAAACUGGAGAUGGGUCAAGGAGGUUUAGUUUGAUUCUGGAUAUAGAGUUCAGGGCUUCUCAGAUCCAGGAUUUGUGCCUUUAAUUAAAACCGUGCAUACACAUAUGAGAGAAUGAGUUAAUGUGCCUGCUGGGGUUGUGCGCCAGAAGAAUCACCAACUUUAGCAUCUGCUGUGUUUGAAUUUUAUUAGUGGGAGUUUAGAGCAGAAAAACUGGCCCUUUUGGAAGGUCCUGCUGCUUUCACAGGAGAGCACCUCUUACCAUCUGAAUCACUUAACUCAUCUAGGCAGGUGGGAGGAGUUACACAGCCAAAAAGUUGCUUGGAAGCAGAUAGCUUCUCAACUUGAGCUGAUAUGAAGCUAGAUCCUGCCAGGUUCCUGCUGACUCUUUAUGCCACGUGCAGAGCACAAUGAAUCCCACCUGUCCGUAUGUCUGUGCAGCUCUAAUAGCUGGCUGCGCAGGUGUAAGGGAUCAGACUUUGGCUUAAGGCACGGCUGAAUACACAGCUGCUUGCUGUAGGAUUCAUCCUGUGCUCAUCUAGGUUGUGAAUCAUAGAUCACCUGCCUGAAGGAAACAGAACUUCCUAAGAACAUGCUCUUCAUGCCAAUAUGCUCCACUUCACUCUUGAUUUGGCUGCUUGUAGAGCUGUUGACAAAUAUCUGUGAAAACAAUGCAGGAUUCAUCACUUUGUGGGUGACGAGACUUAGCUGGUUUUAUGUGGGUAGGUCCAAUGGCUUGGUUCCCCAUUUGUUUCCCAGCUUCUUGCAUUCACCUUGAGACAUAUCAAACCCCCUUUGGACAGCCAUAGAAGAAAUGACCUGCCUGAAUAGAUAUUUUUUUGGCAGGGUGGGGAAAUGGCCAGCUCAUAAAUUAUUUGGUUUUCCUAUUGCUUAGGCAAUAAAAUCUCUGUGACUUCAGCCCAUUCUUCCUCUGUCAUACAAAAGAGAAAUGAGUUUAUUUAAACAAAGGUGAAAGAAAUAUGAGUUCUUCCUUACCAGCACGCAGGAGAUAAGAAACUGCUAAUGUCUCUACUGAGCUCAUAGCAGCAGCCUUAGGGUGCAGAAAUCUCUCAUGCUGCCAUCUGACAGCUUCCCUUAAAGCCCACCCAGGUGUGGUCUCAGUAGAACAGUCAGGUACAGAUGCCUUUGAUCAGAUGUAGUCUCUGUGAUGGAGAGUCAGUUUCAAGGGAACUGUUUUACACAUUAAAUUAAUGCAAGUAUUUGUGAAUGAGAUCUCUGCCUCAACAGGAAAGUGUCUGUGCCACACAGAUGGUCUUUGCAGUCCUUUACAGCCUGGAUCAUCAGGGAGAGGUGGGUAUUUUCAAGACAAGGGGCUGUAGAGAGCUUUGCCUGCCUGAAAAUGAAAUCCAGGUGUUCAAAAUGAUGUCCUUUUCAAUUUAAUAAGCCUCAACUCUCACCUAUUCAGCAUACUGUUUAUAAAGUGGUCUCUGGGCUGGGACAGCUGGGCCCUAAUUGUUGCAGUGCAGGUGUGUAACUGCCUCUGAUGUGCACAUCUAACAGUUUCUUGAGCAGACUGGGUGGCUGUGCAAGCAAAUGCAUCUAGCCCUUUGUGUCAGCUGUGCCAUUGCAAACAUAGGCAUGUAUGACAGGGGCUGUUGCUUGUGUGUGUCAUGUGAAUGAGAACUGGGCUGUUGGUGCUAUUCUGCAGUAGAACUCUGUUUUUUCCUCACUGCUGUUUGUAAUCCCAUCUGAAUCUGUAAACUAAAACCCAUUAAAGUCAA